AUGGCAGGGGAUCUCUUUAGCCCCCCAUCCCCACUGGGGGAUUCCCUGCUGGACAGUCCGCUGUGUGGAGACCUGAUGGAGGAUCUGCGUGACAUCUCCAAGACUAUAGGAGGUGACACGCUGGGAUUUGAUUUCCCAGAGUACCAGAGCACAGGCUCGGGGUCUGAGAGCUCCAUUGCGCUGGACACCUUGACCCCAGCCUCCAGUCCAUCGUCCGGGGUGUGCGGAGCAGCUCCAGGCCCAGAGGAGAGCGUCACUCCCCUCAACCUGGACUGCCGGGUGUGCUCAGACAAGGCUUCAGGCUUCCACUACGGGGUGCAUGCGUGUGAGGGCUGCAAGGGUUUCUUCAGGAGGACCAUCAGGCUAAAGCUGGAGUAUGAUAAGUGUGAACGCAACUGCAAAAUCCAAAAGAAGAACCGCAACAAAUGCCAGUACUGCCGAUUCCACAAGUGCCUCUCUGUGGGCAUGUCCCAUAAUGCCAUCCGGUUUGGUCGGAUGCCUCAGGCGGAGAAGCUAAAGCUAAAGGCAGAAAGCAAGAUGGUGGAGAAAGAGGUGGCAAGUCCAAUGCUGGCGGACCACAAGAUUCUGGUCAGGCAGAUCCACGAAGCCUACAUGAAGAACUUUAACAUGAACAAGGCGAAAGCUCGGCUCAUACUCACCGGAAAGACCAGCACGCCGCAGCCUUUCAUCAUUCACGACAUGGAGACGUUCCAGCUGGCAGAGAGGACGUUAGCGGUCCAUAUGGUAAAGGGUGACUAUGCAGAACCCGAGAGUGUCCCUCAAGCUGGGGGGGUUGUUCCUGCUGUGGGGUGUGGGGAGCUCCAGCAGAGGGAGGCCGAAGCCAGGCUCUUCCACUGCUGCCAGAGUACCUCAGUGGAGACGGUCACAGAGUUGACGGAGUUCGCCAAGGCGGUGCCAGGUUUCCAGAGCCUGGAUCUGAAUGAUCAGGUGACUCUCUUGAAGUACGGCGUUUACGAAGCCCUCUUCACACUUCUGGCCUCCUGCAUGAACAAAGACGGCCUCCUGGUGGCACGUGGUGGAGGCUUCAUCACCAGAGAGUUCCUCAAGAGCCUCCGGCGGCCUUUUAGUGAUAUGAUGGAGCCCAAAUUCCAGUUUGCCACACGCUUCAACUCCCUGGAGCUGGAUGACACUGACCUGGCGCUUUUUGUGGCUACUAUUAUCUGCUGCGGAGAUCGCCCAGGCCUGGUCAACAUGCCUCUGGUCGAGCAGCUGCAAGAAAGCAUUGUUCAGGCACUACGGCUCCACCUGCUGGCCAACCACCCCGACAACAACUUCCUCUUCCCCAGACUGCUGCAGAAACUGGCCGACCUCCGGGAGCUGGUCACCGAGCAUGCGCAGUUGGUGCAGGAAAUCAAGACAACAGAGGACACAUCACUGCACCCGCUCCUGCAAGAGAUAUACAGGGACAUGUACUGACAAGAUAGCACAUGGUCAUGAACAGGGACAUGUAUUAAAAUAUUAAUGUAAGCCACUGAAAACCAGAUGUACAUAAAUAUUACUAAUAUAUACUAUUCAUGCAUAUCAAUGUACUGUAAGUAGCGUAUUGUGCAGCUUCUAUGGAUGCACGCUGCUGUGAUCUGCAGAGGCUGCACUGACCAUGUGACUUAAAACUUUCUACCAGCAAUAAAAUUCUUUUUGGGGGGGGGAAGGCAGCUCUUGUAGGUGGCGUGACUGCUUCCAUGAAAGGGGAACAAAGUGGAGAACAAACCUUUUGAUCUUCUUUUAAUUAUUAUUUUAAAUGCAUCAAUUUGAACUUCGAGCACCCAGUUGCUAUAGGUUGGGUCUUAGAUGCCAGCUUUUCUUCCGUGGACACAAGAACUGAACAAAAACUGAAUAAGGAGUAGGCUAUGCAAAUUUGCAUAGUAUGUAAAAUGGGUGCACACAUAUUAGAGAUACCUGGACAUGACUGCUGCUGCAUGCACUGAUGCGAAAUGUUAAUUUUGCCUGUGAACAAGAUAAGUUAUAACAUUUUGAAUCUACUGAAGUGUUGGUUGUGCAAAAGGCCCUACAACUAAAUGCCAGACAUAUUGCUAAUAUUUUGGAUAUUUAGUGUAUAUAUGAUGUGUUAAUUUAAAAGACAUUUGGGUUUGGGUCAUAUCAAUGUCAUGUCAUUUUAUCGUGUACCAGUGCCUUAUUGAAAUCAGCCAAACCUCCCUUGACCAUUGUGAGAUUAGGUGUUAAAGAACCACCUGCAUCUGUAUUCACCAAGUGCCAUAACGAGCUCACGUUUCCUCUACUUUGGCCACAUCUCCUACCUUUAGCACAUAACAAAUACAUAGAGUAGCUUUUCUGAAAAUGGGAUGGAUGUAUAACUAUUUAGUGUUGGACCAGAGAAUGUUCUCACAUUGUAUUAAAUCAUAAAUCAUGCACAAUAGUGCAUUUUAAGCAGGCAAAGAACUAAAAGGAGACAUCAUCUCUGUGUUAUGUAUUUACUGAGUAGUUCUUCCACCUUCACCGUGAAGCACUUUCAGUGUCUAAGAUAAAGUGCUAUAUAAAUGUAAUCCAUUGUUAUUAUUAUUAUAAAGACCAACGCAACGUGAUAGCUUACCUAACAGAUUUUUUUAAAAGAUCAGUGUUACAAAAUAUUUCCUACAAAAAAACAGUUUGGGCCAGUACUUAAUAUUUUGACCACAAACACAAUAAUCUGGUUUAUGUUUUAUUUUGUACAUAUAACAAGGAUGUAGUAAAAUUUAUGUGUGUAUCUGCAGACAGCAAAACAGGCCUCAGAAAGAGGAGGUAAUUGACUAAUUUGCUGUAAUGAUACUUCACUUCCUAAUGUAGCAUUGAAACAUUGUUUCUUGUCAUAAUGAAACAGUUUAUAGUUUUUAUCGUGUACAGGGCAGUGUACAAUAAAAAUGCAUUCACUGUUUCAAUAACAUGAAUGAGUGUCAUGUGGUAGCCUAAAAUAAACCAAUAUAUUUAACAGUU